UAAUGUUAUCAUAGAUUAAAUUUUAAGCUUUGACAUGUAAAUCUAUUAAAUUAGAUUUGUUUGAUAAAUUAACAGAAGAUAGAAUUGUUGUAAAGGGACAUAUCAAAUAAUGUUUUGAAGAAUAAUUUGAAAAUAUUUAGAUAGCUGAUGAAUUACGUAAAGCACUUAUUAUGGAAGAUUCUGAAUAAUAUUGUGUAUUUAAUGAAGCUGAUAGAUAAGAAUUAUUAUUUAGAUUAUUUCAAAUUCUAGUUUUGGGAGGAUAACUUUGUUAAUAUGAAGAUGAUAUAUAAGCCUAUUUAGAUUGGACUAAAUAUUUAUACAAAAAUACAGUGAAGUAUUAUUAUAUAAAUAUAAUAAAAGCGCUCGAAAAUAUGCAGAUAAGGAUGAAAUUUAUAUUGAUUCAUAUGCAUAUGAAAUAAAGAAAUUAGAGAAUUCAUAUAAUUCAGAUCAUCCUUAAAAUGUAAUGUAUGUUGUUGUGAAUCCAUCAUUAAGAAUUGUUAAUAUCAUAGAAAAUUAAUGGUUAAAAGUAUGGUGA